UGCCCCAAACAACACAGUUUUCUUCAAGUUUCAUUAAAGAAUCUGUUCUCACAUAUCUAUAUAUAUACAUACAUAUUGGAAUCUUAUUGUAAUAAUUCAGGAAGAAGCUGAUGGAGAUGGCUGAUCAUUACUAUCUUCAACAAAGUCACCACCAGCAGCAGAGUUGCGGUCUAAUGAUGUACCGGUCGGCGCCGAUGUCGUUGCUAGAGAACCAUGCCGGUGGUGUUAUCGGAGGCGGUACCGGAUUCGAUGUACUCGGGGGUUUUCGAUCUUCUUCGGGUCCCGAAACGGAAUCGUUCUUCAUGCUGUCUGAUAACGGUUCAUCUGAUGUGCAAGAAUAUGAAGAGAAAUCUGUGAAGCAAGAGUAUCAGAUUCAGAGCCUACCAAUGCAGGGUGUUGGUAGCGACGUCGGGUUGGCGAAUUCGAUGGAAGCGGGCGAUGGAAAUGGCUCGGAUCUCGUUCGGCGGUGUAGCUCUCCGGCUCGGUUUUUCUCCAACCAAUGUCUAGAUGAUGGGUUGAGGGCUUGUAAUGGUACCAAUGGUGACAAUCAUACAAGCUUCUCCUCUAUGCCAUCUUCAUAUUCAAAGUCGAUGCCUCAAAUAGCUCGGGUCGAGCACCAAAGCUUAGGCGUUCGCAACGGUGGCAAUCGGAGCAACGGGCAAUUCAUCCUCGACUUGAUGACUGAUUCAAGGAACAAUGCUUCACUUAGUGGCUUGAAAAGAGCUAGAGAAUGUGUCGGUGGUGACAUUUCUUGUGGCCCAAGAAAAUUACAAACUCAGAACCGGCAUGGCAGAGACUGCUCUGCUGGUUUAACUCACCACUUCAGUUUGCCUAAGACUUAUGAGGAGAUGGAUGCAGGAGAAAGGUUCUGGCAGUUUCAAGGAUCGGUCCCUUGUAAGAUUCGAGCGAAAAGAGGUUGCGCCACUCACCCGCGCAGCAUCGCUGAGAGGGUGAGAAGGAUACGGAUUAGCGAAAGAAUGAGGAAGCUUCAAGGCCUGUUCCCGAACAUCGACAAGCAAACGAGUACUGCAGAUAUGUUGGAUAUGGCAGUGGAGCACAUCAAAGAUCUUCAAAGGCAGGUCAAGACAUUGAGGGAUAACAAAGCAAAGUGCACCUGUUGAAGCCAAAACUGAAGAUGGUGUUAGUCAUUUGUAAAUUGUAAUUGAAAUGCAAUGCACUGAAGGAGUAAUACAUUCUUAGAUUAGAAUUUGAAGAUGGGUAGGAAUAGAAUGUUGAGAGAGUUGUGUGAUUUGUGAUUGUGAAAGUAAGAGAUUUUAG